AUUGGUGUCACUAAUCGUAACUGUUGUGAUUUGUCGGAUUUUAGGCUUAAAUCAGAUUUAACAUUGGUUCCUACCAGUGUGCUUCUAGGGGGACCAAAAACAAAGACGGACCGGAUUUCAGAAUGGCAAAAGUCAAAUAGCUGUCUACUCCCUAUAUCAAUGCACUACACUGAGUAUUAAAUAACAGUAUGUGCGCCCUAUGUAGUGCACUAUUUACUAAAUAAUGCGUCGUUUCUGGUCGUUCUGCUUUCUGUUUUUUAAGUUUCAGAAAUAUGACGUCUGUUUGACUUACCUAACUAGUUUUAGCAGAAGGAAGUCUGUUAAUGGCUAGCAAUGUACUCCGUUUAAUACGACCUCACAGUUUCAACUGCAGCCCUGUUUUGCUGAGGUUUUAUUCAAUGGACGGCAUGGGCACGGCGAUCGCGACGAGUGGUUCCCCGCUCGAGCGGCUGGACUGGGAUAACGUGGUGCUGAGAAAGCUCCCUGUGGAGGAGUCGGAGGCCCCGGGAGUGAGGACAGUCCGCGGCGCGUGUUUCUCCAGAGUGACGCCGCAGCCGCUGCAGAAGCCCCGCUUUGUGGCGGUGUCCGCUCCCGCCAUGGCGCUGCUCGGCCUCAGCGCGGAGGAGGUGAUCGCUGACCCGCUGGCUGCUGAGUACCUGAGCGGCUGCAGGGUGAUGCCGGGCUCCCAGCCUGCUGCUCACUGCUACUGCGGCCACCAGUUCGGCCACUUCGCGGGGCAGCUGGGCGACGGAGCUGCGUGCUAUCUGGGUGAAGUGAAAGCUCCAGCUGAUCAGAGUCCCGAGCUGCUGAAGGAAAACCCCAGCAGGCGCUGGGAGAUCCAGCUGAAGGGCUCUGGACUCACUCCUUACUCCAGGCAAGCGGAUGGACGUAAAGUCUUGCGCUCCAGCAUCCGUGAGUUCUUGUGCAGCGAAGCCGUCUUUGCCCUUGGGAUUCCUACCACACGGGCUGGCUCUGUAGUGACCUCAGACACACGGGUCAUGAGAGAUGUGUUUUACGAUGGCAGUCCGCGCAUGGAGAGAUGCUCAGUGGUGUUGCGCAUCGCUCCCACUUUUAUCAGGUUUGGUUCAUUUGAGAUUUUCAAGCAGGAGGAUGAGGUCACAGGUCGGCAGGGCCCCAGCUAUGGCUAUAAUGAGAUCCGAACUCAGAUGCUGGAUUAUGUCAUUGAAACUUUCUACCCAGAGAUUCAGCAGAGCCACUCGGACCCAGUGGAGAGGAACACUGCCUUCUUUAGGGAGGUGAUGCUGAGAACAGCCAGACUUGUUGCCCAUUGGCAGUGUGUGGGAUUCUGUCAUGGAGUCCUCAAUACUGAUAAUAUGAGUAUUCUGGGGGUUACACUGGACUAUGGACCAUUUGGCUUCAUGGACCGCUUUGACCCAGAGUUCAUCUGCAACGCCUCUGAUAAUUCUGGCCGUUACUCAUUUCAAGCUCAGCCAGAAAUUUGUCGCUGGAACCUGGCUCGGUUAGCAGAAGCUUUGAACCCAGAUCUGCCCCCAGACCGGGCACAGGCUGUGUUGGAGGAGUACACGCCCCUCUUCAACACAUUCUACUUGAGCAAUAUGAGAAGGAAACUGGGCUUCCUGAGGAAGGAGGAACCAGAGGAUGAGAUGCUCAUCACAAACCUAAUGCAGACAAUGCACAACACAGGAGCCGACUUCACCAACACCUUCCGCUGUUUGAGUCAGAUCUCAUGUCCUACAGAAGGAGAGGCAGUGGAGGAUGGUGAAGUUGUCAAACAGGCCACAGAGCUUCUCCUGCAGCAAUGUGCCUCUCUAGAGGAGCUAAAGGCUGCCAGCAAACCUAGUAUGGACCCACGUGAGUUCUCAAUGCUGCUCUCCUUGGCCCAGAGUAACCCUGCGCUGUUCGGCAUGUUGUCAGAUCGGAGGACGUUGGCCCGGCAGCUGGAGAAGCUCUCUAGGUUAAAGGAGCUGCUGGAAAGCACAGAGGCGGACCUGAAGACCAAGCAGACAGAGGAAUGGACCUGCUGGAUUAAACAGUACAGGCAGCGUCUUGCUCGUGAAUGUGAGGGAGAGUGUGAUGUGAAGGCGGUGCAGGAGGAGAGAGUGCGUGUGAUGGACAGCACCAAUCCUCGUGUAGUGCUUCGAAAUUACAUCGCCCAGAAUGCAAUAGAAGCAGCGGAGAACGGGGACUUCUCUGAGGUUCAGAGAGUUCUGAAAGUGUUGGAGAAGCCGUUUUGCAAACAGGAGGGCUUGGAACUGCCAGGCUGGAUGGUAAGACAAGGAUCAGAGGAGGCACAAGAGAGGGAUGAAGAAGAGGGGCAGAGAGAGGCUGAGGAGUGUGUUACAGGAGCAGAGAACAGAGUGAUUGUGUCUUACGACAGCAAGCCCCCAGCCUGGGCUGCUAAGAUCUGUGUCACCUGAUCAUCAUAAAGCCUUCAGGACAAGUAGCUUAGAGAUUCUCCUCUCUGAGUAUCUGUCUGUGAAGGCUAUUUGAGGUACUGAACUCCUGUCAACCAGUUUAAGAAUAUACAGAAAAAUAAUGGCUGAUUAGCUAUGAUAUUGAAUAUGCAAUUAAACAUUCUAUUCUGUAUAUUUGACUGGUUAUAAAUGAUGACUUAGACCGCCAGUCUGAGAGACAGGUCUUAGUCUGAAAGACAGAGGUUUUGGUACCCUAUAAACCAAAGAGAGUGUGGGUGUGUGCAAGAAAGAAAGAGAGUGAGAGUGAGAGUGUGUGUGUGUGUGUGAGAGAGAGAGAGAGAGAGAGCGCAAAAAAGUCUUAACGCACAAGUUAGGGAGCAGUAUGUAAGCUCCAAAAUGUAAGCGCACAAGUAAUUGAUUUGUUAAUCUUACAACAAAUUAUUAUGUCUGUAAAAUUAAUAUGCAAUUAUGUUAUUAAUGGGUGGCAAUAUCCAAAUGAGCUUAUGCUGGAAUAAAAGGUUUAUGGCCCCUUAGUUUACACAAAUGGAGCAUAUGCCUGAAUGUAGGCCUUACCCUUUCUAGACUUUUAGAUACCGAACAAUAAUUUCAAGCAAUGCUGGUGAAAGUGGUGUAAUAAGAGUGAUUGUUUACCUUCAUAAUCAUUUAGAUAUAAUAAACUGUAAAAAUAGA